AUCCAAAUAAAAUAAUGUUUAUGUGAAAAUACUAUAAUAUUUUAUUUAUCAUGACUCUAAAAUCUAUCUGGGUUGACUACUGUAAAAAUGGUUCAAUACAUGGUUUGAGGCACAUUAUUCAGAAAGAUGAGAAACCAUGGAUGAGAUUUAUUUGGGUACUGUUGUUAAUCGUCUCCAGCAUUGCAAUAGUGGUUUUGGUCUCAGCAUCUUGGGAAAAGUAUUCUUACUCUUCAAUGGAAAUCACUGUGGAUGAUCCUCAUUAUCCAAUCACCAAGAUUGAUUUUCCCGCAGUUACUAUUUGUCCUAUCAGCAAAAUCAUGUACUCAAAGGCUCUCGAUCUAGUGCUUAAUAAAUAUUCCAACGAUUCCGAUUUAAGAACUAAGUGGGCAAAUUCGUUGCAGGCACUUUCAAGGAUACAGUUCCCGCACAACACGAAUCUUUAUUAUUUUCUACAGAAUAAGUCUACAGUCAACAUACCCUUGAAUGAUAUAUCUGAUCUCAUGUUAAAAUUGGCACCGUCCAUAGAAGAUAUAUUUCAAAAAUGUAUUUGGAGAGGCGCAAUGUAUAAAUGCAAGGAUAUCCUGCGAUUUCAACGUACCGAAGAAGGGUUUUGUUAUUCGUUCAACAGCCAAACGGCCGAGAGGAAUGAAAAUGACAACAGCCAAAUUAAUCCACCGUUAAUAGGAUCGGAUGGAGUACUUAUUCCACUUCGAAACAACGCCGCGGGCAAAGGGACCGGACUCAGUUUAAUAAUGAGCAACAUGAGCGACAAUUUUUUCCCAAACGAUAAUCGUAGGAGAGGCUUUAACGUAAUGGUGCACACCCCCGACUCCUUUCCGGACGUGGCAUCCGCUUACAAAGUACACGCCGUACACCAUCGCAUCACGCGGAUAUCAGUGAGCGUGGCCCAGGUGGAGGCGGAUGAUUCGCUCGACCGUCUCGACAAUACGAAUAGCCACUGUUACUUGUACAAAGCAAAGGCGGAGUACCUCAGCUCACUGUUACACAAGAGCAGCAGCGAAGACACGUGUUUCAUCAAGUGUAGGUUGAGGGCCAUCUACAAUGCGUGCAACUGUACACAGUACUUUUUCAAAUUGUACAAAGGCCUAGGAAGUCACUGUGGAAUUGAACACAUACCUUGUUUGAUCGCGAAUGAUAUACUUCAACGCAACCCCAAAGUUCCAGAAGAUGUACCAGGGUUUCCUAAAUGGAGUAUACCAUUUUCUAUGAACUGCGGUUGCCGACCGCCUUGUUCAUUUAUGGCGUACACGACCGAGCUCCGGUAUGAAGUUAGGCAAUUUGUUAACAAUGAACCGCCAUCUUCGAGAUACGAUGUAUACUUGGAAAUCAAUUACAGAGAACUUUAUGCAACAAGUUAUCGACGAUCCAUGAGAUAUACUACUCAAGAUUUGUUGGUAUCGUUUGGUGGACUAGCCAGCCUGUUUCUUGGUUGCAGCUUGGUUAGUAUAGUGGAAAUCCUUUACGUCAUCUACAAGUCAUUAUUGGUACUUGUGCGACAACUCUACAACAACAACCUAGCACGACGAGAUAAAACUAAUGUUAAGCGAUCACAUUAAGAGCUCAGAUUUAUAUGCACUAAAAAUCACAAAAAUAUAUCCUUAAAAAUAUGCGUAUAUGCACCAAAAACAGCGUUUGAAAAAAUGAUUUUGAUUUUAAAUUAAUAUAAAACAAGUUAUAGCAAUAUUCAUUCAUUUAAUUUAUUCAUUUAUUUUAUUAUACACCUCCUACCUAAUCAUGGUAUAAUUUGAUAUAGGUACUAAAUUAUACCAUUAUUUCUAUAAUUGAUAAUCAGGCCCGUAGCUAGACCGAAUUUUCAUGUGGGGCAAAGUAAAUUUUUUUUUGGGGGGGGGGGCAUUAUACAUACAAAUUAAAAACAAUGUCUAUCUAAUAUUUUUAAUAUUUUUAGGGAGGCAACGCCCCUCC